GCACGUGAUGCCACUAUUUUGAUCACGUGUAGGAAAUGUAGAGGAACUGUCAGCUGAUCUUCAAAAUGGCUGUGUGCGUGGCUGUUAUUGCUAAAGAGAACUAUCCUUUAUACAUUAAAAGUAUUCCUACUGAGAAUGAGCUGAAGUUCCACUACACAGUUCACACCUCAUUGGAUGUUGUGGAUGAGAAGAUUUCAGCAACAGGAAAAGGACUUGGGGACCAGAGGGAGCUGUACUUGGGUCUUUUGUAUCCUACAGAGGAUUAUAAAGUAUAUGGAUAUGUGACGAACUCCAAGGUGAAGUUUGUUAUGGUUGUUGACUCGUCAAACACAGCCCUCAGAGAUAAUGAAAUCCGCAGUAUGUUCCGGAAGCUACAUAAUUCUUACACUGAUGUAAUGUGUAACCCAUUUUAUAAUCCUGGUGAUCCCAUACAAUCCAAAGCCUUUGACAGCAUGGUAUCCUCUAUGAUGGUGCAGCUGUGAUUGUGAUGAUUCCUACCUCCAUAUUCCUUGUAUUUAUGUUUUCUACCUGUCAACUUUCUGUAUAUACCAUUGUAUUUUUAUUAAAUUGUGUAGAGCUGAACAAGA